AUGGCACCCAAGAAACCCGCUGCCAAGUCGAAGACCGACUCGAAGACCAACGCCCCCGUGGCUGAAGGCACGGGAGCCACCACUAGGAAACGUAAAGUGGAGGCGGCAAGUGAUCUGGAAGCCCAGAUCCCUGAUGCCGCCGUAUCUCCCAAGAAGGGCCCUAGAUCAAGCGGAAAGAAGGCUGAUGUGGCUGAGACCAGGGCAGUAGAGGACAAGCCAGCGCCGAGCAGCAAGGGCAAGAAACUGAAGGAGGGUGACUCUCUGCCCAGUUUCAAGCUGCUCAGGGAGGAUGAUGUCAAGGUGGACGUCCAGGAGCUUGCCAAGGACCAGGGGGUCGUCAUCUUCCUCUACCCAAGAGCAAAUACUGGGGGCUGCACCAAGCAGGCACUGGGGUUCAAGGAGAACCACAAGACCCUCCAGGAUGCAGGGUUUGAGGUUUACGGGCUCAGCUUCGACAAGCCCAAGUCCCAGACGACCUGGAAGACCAAGUACGACCUGCCUUACCACCUCCUGACAGACGAGAGCGGGGAGUUCAUCAAGGCCCUGGGCGCAUUCAAGCCCCCGCGCAACGUGAUUCGGUCCCACGUCGUCGUCGCCAAGGGCGGGAAGAUCGUGAGCUCCCACAUCCAGAUCAGCCCGGGGGACAGCUUUGCCAAGGCCGUCGCCACGGUGGCAGACGUGGCCAAGCCGGCCUGA